AUGAGUCAACAAGAGGAAAGCAUCGCCAACACCGGUCACGAGAUACAAGCUCUUGUGGUGCAGAUGUCUGAGCUCACCCAACAACUUCAUUCACUCAUGCCCGGUAAAAGGAUCAAGCCUGGUAGUAACUAUGAGGCUACUAUCUGGUGGGAUUUCCGCCAAGAAGACCUCAUUGACACACCUCCCGGUAAGGUGGAAAGGGCAGUGAAUUUGUCUACCGCACCCGAGGAGUACCAGGACCUGAGGGAAGAAGGAUGGAUCUCUGCGACCGUGUAUCGAUUACCGGGGGCUGAACAACAUCAUGGUGUGUUUGGUGAUGCUAAAGUGAAGUCAGUGAUAGAGGGAGAUUCAGUCAAUCUAAACUCUGGUCUUACUGAACUGAAUGAUGAUUGGAUUCAAUGGUGGUUUAUAAAUGAAACCAAUUUCAUUGCUGAACACAAUGUUCCGAUGGACAGAUUCAUUGUGUAUGAUGAUGUUCUUGACGGGAGAUUCAGAGACAGACUGGAGCUGGAUUAUCAAACUGGAUCUCUGACCAUCAUGAACAUCACAACUCAACAUGCUGGAUGUUAUAAAUUAGAGAUUAACACUUUCAGCAGGCCUUCUUAUUGUCUUUCUGUCUACUCUCGUCUGCCUGUUCCUGUCAUCAGCAGAAAUGAUUCACAAUGUUCAUCAUCAUCAUCAUCAUCACAGCAGAAUUGUUCAUUGGUGUGUUCAGUGGUGAAUGUGGGUCAUGUGACUCUCUCCUGGUACAAAGGAAACAGUUUAUUGUCCAGCAUCAGUGUGUCUGAUCUCAGCAUCAGUCUCUCUCUACCUCUGGAGGUGGAAUAUCAGGAGAAAAACAGCUACAGCUGUGUGAUCAACAAUCCCAUCACAAACCAGACCACACAUCUGGACAUCAGCAAACUCUGUCAACCAUGUUCAGACUCUGAACACUGUUGUGGUUCUACUGAAGCUGUGAUCCGAUUGGUCCUCUCUGCUCUGGUAGGCGUGGCUACUGUCAUUAUUCUGGUUUAUGACAUCAGAUCAGGAAGAGCUGAACAUAGGAAACCAGUAAUGAUGCAGCUUUGA